AUGGCGCUGCGGGGAGAUGCGUCGCCAGCCUCCGCUGCGAGUGCGGAGUCGGAGGAUGAGCACUCGAGUGCCUCAUGGGCUGAAGAGGCGUCGUCCAGCGAUGAUAACCGCACGACGCCUAUGCCUACGAUGCGAAUCAAAUUGAAGCGCAGUCGCUCACGCAAACCAGAAGGCGAUACCACGGCCGGUGAGAGCCCCGCGGCAUCGCCAGCGCCGCCAAGCACGACGACGCCCAGUGCUAGUGUGAGUGUACUACCUUCUCCCACAGUGCCCAUGCCCCGCGCACGACCGCUCAAGCAGCUGCGUGCGAAACCAUUGAAAGUCGCCUUGGAAUCCUUGGUCGUCGGCCUUAAAAAACGCGAUCCGUACCUGUUCUUUCAUGAGCCGGUGAAUGCUGAUGAAGUGCCGGGCUACCGCGACGUGAUUACGCAUCCCAUGGAUCUCGGAACGAUGGAGCAGCGGGUUCACGAAGGGUACUAUACCUCAAUGGAAGCGUUUCAGCACGAUUUCAUGCUGGUCACACAGAAUGCCCAGCUAUUCAACCCGCCAUCUUCCAUUUACCAUACGGCUGCACGGCGUCUAGAGACCUGGGGCCUGCGUGCCAUUGCGCGUGAAGCGAUGAGUGUCGUCGCCGACGAUGCGGCGAUGAGUGCGACGGAAGGCGGUGACGACGAUACCAGUGAAGCACGUCGACGAGGUCGUCGCAAACGAACAGCGCAUGAACGUGCGAUGAUUGAGGCAGAGCCGCAUGCCGAGCAUUUGAGCCGGCGCAUGAUGCGUGUAGGCAGUGCGCGUUCCACAACAUGGUCGUUGAAGGAUGUGCACACCGACGACCCGGCCGAGCUGCUUUUCCGACGUACGCUGGCGUAUGCGGGUGUAGGCAAGCAUCAGCUUACAGGGCGAAGUGCGUGUAGUGUACGCGCUCAUGCCAAACCCAAACCACGACUUGCGCCGCCGCUAUCGAUGGCGAGCAGUGCGCCGUCCAGCAACAGCAAUGCGUCGGACGAGCCUGUGCCGUUUGUGUACCGUGAAGACGGCGCUUUGGACGCGGCUGAGCUUGCAGAUGUGCGUGAGUACGUCGCGCUUCAGACAUUGUCUAUGCCCGCCUAUGAAUCGCUGCAACACUUGCCGAUGAUGCUAUCCACAACGCCGACCGCGCCGGGCCAAGCACCUGGCGAGCCGAGUUUGACGUUUCCCCCUACGCAAACCGGCCGACCUGAUGCACUGUACGCGGCGACGGCGUCUAUGCCAUGGCACGCAGCUGAGAAUGCCAGUCAUACCUUUGAAGGCACGACCAUCCCUGACGACCAACGUGCCUUGCCUUUUGCAAUUGCUUCGCAUGCGGCACCAGGCGGUCUGGGUGCCAAAGUCAGUGCAGCCGCACGGCCUGUAUGGCCAGCGAUGCCGCCGCCGGCAAUCCAAGAGUCGGGAUUGCGUCUGAAUCGCCGAGAGCGUGAGUUGGAGCAGGAGCGCGACGAGCAGAAUUGGACUUUUUACCGACCCCACAUGACGCGAUUGAUGGCGCUGCAGGAUCUCGGUGCGUAUGCCAGUUUGCCUGCCUGGGCCGCGACGCAGGCAGGCGAUGAGCAUGUGCUUCAGCCCUAUGCGUCAGUGGCUGGGGACCGAUUGACGCAGGCGGUACGUGAUCACUUGCGUGCGAUGCCGUACCGCGCACUUGGCCUGCCACGCACCGCGCAGUAUGUGCCACGGGCCUCGCUGCAGCAACUGCCUAUCGCUCUGCAAAUCUCCAUGCAAGGCGCGCAAGAGACGGAACGGCUUAUCGAUGUGGUUUAUGGUAGUGUCGAUGGCUUAGCGUAUGCACGCAGUCUCGCCGAGUUUGUGCAUGGCGCCGCAGCAGAUGUCUCGAUGGACCAGGAUGCGUCCAUGGCCGCAGCCCAGGUCGAACAGGCACUAUCGCAGCAUGUCACAGAACACAUCUUAUCGCCGAUGACAGGCGGGCUGUGGGACGUGCUGGCCAAGGUCAGCGCGACACUCACGCCAAUGACGGCGAGGCCAGGGCACCUGACAGAACUACUGGACGACAAAGACGGCGCCGUAUCGUCGGCCUUGUGGCCAAUGCGUACCGUGAAAAAAGAAGCGGACGAGGACGAGGAGGGCAAGCCUCCUCAGCUGGAUCGCGUGCUAGAGUCGGUGCUCGAUACGAUGUAG